GAUAAUGGAUGGAAUUAGAUUUCAAAUAAACGCGUUAAUAUUAUGAAAAGAUAACUUUGUCUUAACCUAAUGCUACCUCGAGCAUUUAAUGCUGUGGAUUAUUUUAGCAAAGCCUUUAGACACGGCUGGCUGACACGUAUAGUCAUAAUAAUCGGCUAGUUUAUGAAUUAGCUAGAUUUGCUAACGAUAAAUAAAAUAAAAUUUAGUUGCCUAGCAACUAACUGGAACGUUCUAUGAUUAAACGUUGCGCGUGCGCCACUCAGCCAGUUCGCUCUCUUAGGAACUUAACUCGACAGUUAAGAGUUUAUAGUUUGUUUGUUUUUUUAUUUAUUGUGUACAGUAAGGUUGCGUUUUUAAGACGACACUUAUUCACUGGGAAGUACAUUAGAGGGAUUCAACUCCAUCCACUUCAUCCAGUUUUGAUAGACAUGCCAUAAUAAGAAAUAAAACGGACACUUCAGGUGAAUUCCUUUAACGCUAGCUAGUUAAGCUAAGCUAAGCUAAGCUAAAUUAAUCGCAGCAUCCACAAGGAAGACGCGCGCGCUGCCAGUCGGCGGAGCUGAAGCUGAUCAUCGAGACGCUAGCGUUAGUUUUGCUCCGAGAAGCUGGAUGAACAAAAAUGUCUCAAAUUCAUAUUCAAGGAAACGGAUUCCAAGCUAAAGAUGGGAAAAGUUCAUCCGGGCUGAAAGGCGAGUCUUCGGGCUCCGAGUUGGAGCUGAACGGCUUCCCGGACACCCAGGCGGAUAAGUACGGCUUCGUCGGCGGAUCUCAGCAGAGCACCGAGGACCCAGCGGAGGACGUCCCUCCCGAGGUGCUGAGACAAAGAGAGGUUAAGUGGCUGGAGAUGCUUAACAGCUGGGAUAAGUGGAUGAGCAAGAAACACAAGAAGGUAAAGCUGCGGUGCCAGAAAGGCAUUCCACCGUCUUUGAGGGGUCGUGCCUGGCUCUACCUGUCUGGAGGAAAAGUGAAAAGGGAGCAGAAUCUGGGCAGGUUCCAGGAAUUGGACAGUCAGUGUGGAGAGCCAAAAUGGGUGGAUGUGAUCGAGAAGGAUCUCCAUCGUCAGUUUCCCUUUCACGAGAUGUUCGCCGCACGAGGAGGCCACGGGCAACAGGAUCUGUUCCGAGUGUUAAAGGCUUACACACUUUACCGUCCAGAGGAGGGGUACUGUCAGGCUCAGGCUCCGAUCGCUGCUGUGCUGCUUAUGCAUAUGCCUGCUGAGGAUGCCUUUUGGAGUCUGGUGCAAAUCUGCGAGAAAUAUCUGCCUGGCUACUACAGUGCGGGCCUGGAGGCAGUCCAGCUGGAUGGAGAGAUCCUGUUCGCUUUACUGAAGCGUGCGUCUCCUGUGGCUCAUCGACACCUGAAGAAGCACAAGAUCGAGCCGGUGCUCUACAUGACCGAGUGGUUCAUGUGUGCUUUUUCACGCACGCUCCCAUGGUCAUCGGUGCUGCGCGUCUGGGACAUUUUCUUCUGCGAGGGAGUCAAAGUCAUUUUCCGUGUGGGCCUGGUGCUCCUGAAGUGCAUGCUGGGAUCACAAGAGAAGCUCAAGGCGUGUCAGGGCCAGUACGAGACGAUGGAGAGACUCCGGGCUGUAGAGCUACGCUUCAUGCAGGAGGGCUUCCUUAUUAAAGAGAUUCUGGAAUUGCCGGUGUCCGAACGAGACAUUGAGAAGGAACAUCUCACCCAGCUGCGCCGCUGGAAAGAAGCACACGGAGAAUUGCACUGCAAAUCUCCUCCCAGAAUGCAUGGUGCUCGGGCCAUCAUGACCGCUGAGCCUCCCAGCCGACAGGACCUGCAGCAAAAACCCACCAUCAUCGUGGAGCCGGCACAGGGCAUCAUCAGCUCUGAAGAUGUAGAGGGAAAGAAGGAGGAGAAAAAGACAAGAAAAGCGAAUAAAAAGAAGAACAAGAAAGACUCUUCACUCGACAUGACCGAUCAGGACCAAGCACUGCAGGAGCGGUCUUCAUCCAGCCAAUCACAGGAGCUGCUAAAGGACACAAGUCUUCAUGCAUCCAGUCAGAGUCUGAGCAGUACAGAACAUGACACGUACCUGUAGCGUGCACUGUGGCCGUCGUCCUGACCUGUGAAUGUUUACUAACUGCUUCUGAAGAAUUCUGGCCCAAAAACGGCCCCCUCUCAGGUUCCUGCAUCUGUCGACUGCGGUUUCCAGAAUGCAAUGGGAGCAGACCCUGUGGUUUAGUUUUCCUUUAAUUCACAACCACAUGCUUUAUGAAAAAAUUUGUAUGGGAGUUUUUUAUCGUCUGUUUUCAUUCUUAAGGCCCAAGAAUGUGUGAACGUGUGAAUGUUACUUAUCCUGUUUUCCAGAUUAUAGGGCACAACGUUUAAUCGAGUUUUAGUAGCUGUAAAAUUUCAGCAGAGAGACGGAACACUAACAUCAUAUAAUGCUGAAAAUCGCAUCUGUCUGCUUAGCCACAGACAUUACUGACAUGGCAACUGUAAUAAGACAUCGUAAAUCUAAAUUAAACUAAAAAUAUUUUAAAUUAGACUAAACCAGGACAAAGCACCAAAGCCCCAUUUUAGGGGCAAACAUUCCGGAUCAUGCUAGCUGCAUUAGUGGUGCUUUUUGUAAUUUUUUGUAAGUUUUCCUAGACCUAAAAUAUUCAUUUUUUCCCCUAAGUAGGCAAAAUAAAAGAGUGACUUAUAGUCUGGAAAAUGUGGUGCACUUGUACAGACUCUGAAACAUCACUGUGUGAUGGCUGAUAUUUUCAUCAAAAGGUGCAUUUUAGCAGCUUAAUGUUGUCAUCUGUUGAGCUAAAUGAUGUUAACAUACCAGUAAGGCUACUGGGACGUGUCUCUGUGUGUGUGUGUCUCUGUGUGUGUGUCUGUGUGUAGUAGCUGCUUUCUGUUAUAUUGAAAAACAGCCGAGGCUUGAUAAACAGCAAAAGAAAAAACAAGUGCCUAUUUAGCUGGAUCUGCAUUAGGCGUGUUUUUUAUGUUCAUUCUGUAGAUUUACAAAGCUGGUUAUCUGGUGGAUUAAUGGCAAAAUCUAUGCACAUGUGAACCGGCUGCCCCCCAAUAAGAGAUUUACAAAGCCAUUAUUCCAGUGUGUUUAAAAAACGGUCCAUUUAUAUGUUUUGUUUUUAAGAUGAAUCUGUUUUAUUAAGAAGCUGUUUUUUUUCCCUAUUUGGGACAAUUUUAGAAAUAAGAGAAUACAUUGCCAUAAUACAAAUGACAAAAAAAAGUUCUUAACUUUCCCUGGGGGAUCUGUUGUUCGUAUCUGCUUAAAGAAAAACCACUACAGGACAUGCUGUUAUUGAAAUAUAAUUCACUCCACCAUAUUAAUGUUUAUUAUUGUCCUGUAAUACUAUGUUCUGGAGUGACGGGUUCCUCUUAGAUCACAGGAUUAUGCUUUUUGUUAUAAAACAACAACUUAUCCAUCUAUAGUUACUUUUAACGUUGCAAGAAAAUCUCAUAAACACGCGAGUGAUGCGCAUGCUUUUGUUUUAAUUUCCUUGCGAUGUGUUCUGCAUGCAGUCAUGGCUUUUCACCACUAGAUGGUGCAGCAUGUCUUUUGUCUUAACUUCUAGUAGGACCAGAAAUACACAGUGUAAGGUGAGCGAAAUGCAUGAAGACCAGUGUUUUCUAUGACCAGACUAAACAUGGCUGCUCUGUCACUUAAUGAAACUGAUUUAGGAUAAAAAUGUUAUUUAGAAAAGUUUAAAAAAGGGAUUCAACACUCAUGCA